CGGUCGCGGAAGCGAUUGUCAUUCUUGGAUCCGUUCGGAGCUGGAGCGUUGCCGGUCUGCUUGCAUGGGUACCUGGUCGUCUGGAAGAUCCGUCCUGAAGAUUCUGUUUUCCUUGAAUUUCAUACAUAGUACGUCCUGUACGGAGUGCAGCAGCGAUCUCGUACAGGGGAACAGUGAAGAGCCAGCUAUUGUGGGUGGUAAUUGGACCGUUGCAUCGACCCUUGUUUUUUUUUUGUUUUUUUUUUUGGACUUAUUGCGGUCAUAGCAAGGGUAGUUAUUUGUCAGAGCCGGCUGAUGCGGGUGAUAAUUAGACUGUCGGAUUGACACGUUGGGUAUCCUCGUAGGUGGCAUAGUUACUUAGUGCCAGUUAGUGGCGCAACCCGCUCAUGCAAGCAUUGAGAGGUUUAGCUGAAUGUUUGGACUAGGCUCAUCUAGUUCUUCUGGCGGGGGACUCUUUGGUUCUACUAUGCCAGCAUUUGGGUCCUCCACGCCUGCGUUCGGUGGCGGGCUGUCGACACCUGCUUUUGGUGCGUCCGCAUCUGCCUUUGGGGCUCCGUCCGCAUUUGGGGCGGCUUCUACGCCCGCAUUUGGCUCGUCGACGCCUUCCUUUGGGGCUUCGACUCCUGCCUUCGGACAAUCAACGCCGGCGUUUGGGUCGUCCACACCAGCGUUUGGCGCCAGUCCAUCCUUGGCAUUUGGUGCUUCCUCCACGCCGGCUUUUGGGUCUUCGACCCCUGCAUUUGGAGCGACACCAGGUUUUGGGGCCUCAGCAACCCCACUUGGCGGGGGGCUUUUCGGACAAGGAGCCGCGCAGCCGUCGUCGCCCCUCUUUGGAUCAUCCGCUGGCCUCCUUGGUACACCAAGUCAGUCGCUUUUCGGGCAGCCCCAGUCACAGCCGAGUUUACUAGGGCAACCACAACCAGCUGCAUUGGCAUCAUCAUGGCAACAUGGGCUAUUUACAAACCCUCAACAGAUCCCUAUUCAGGGGUCUAUGUUUGCGCCUUUUGGGGCUCAGCAGCAGCAGCAGCAGCAGCAGCUUAUGACACAAAUGGCGCCCGUUGCGCCAUUAGGGGUUCCCCUUCCCGACAGGGAGAUCCAGGGCGUCGUCGAUGCAUACAACGAUAACCCCCUUAAUCCUCGUUAUCGAUUCCGGCACCUGUUCCUUAGCGUAACCGACCCAAUUUAUCGUCAGAAGCCCGGCGCCCUAACAGACACCAUGUGGGCGGAGGCCAUGAACAAGCUAGAGGGUAUGAACCCUGCAGACAGAGACAGACUUUGGCCGGAGCUAGCGCAAGGGUUCAAGGACUUGUCUCGCCGAUUGAAGCUGCAGGACGAGGCCAUCGAAGAGGACACGAACAGGCUUCGGAUUACCGAAAAUAACGUGAAACAGCUGCAGCGGCAUUUUGAAGUCGAUACGAUGCCGUGGAUCCAACGGCUCAGGCAAAAGGAGCAGGAGCUCCAGAGGCGACUCCUUCAUGUCAUGCGGAUUGUGGAAGCGUUUGAAGUGCGCGGAGUGAGGGUGCCGCUGUCGAAAGGUGAGGUCCACCUUGCGGAAAGGUUGCGAUCUCUCAGAAGGCAGAUGCAAGCACCCUCUGCCGAAAUGCCGCGCAGAGCUGAUGUGCUCGUGUCGCUCUCAAGAUUGAGGAGUGGGAUGGGGACAUCGGCCUCCGCAAUGCUGCCUGCAGCAGCAAAUGUUGACGAGACCAGCCUCGCGGAAAUGCAGCAAUUGCUUAGGAAGCAGACGGAUGCCAUCGAGAGGAUUACAGCUGUCCUGAAACGAGACAUGCGGGACGUGGAGAUUAUGUUAGGAGACACAGAUGUACGGUGGGAGGCUCCCGGUGGGCCUGCGUUAAACGGCCACGGUUAUGGAGGCCGGGCCAAUGGACACAGUUAUGGUGGUGGUUCGGGAAGCCGUGGAGCUACCAGGUUGUUGGCCAACUCAUACUAGUAGGACUACCUUCUUCCCCGAACAGAAUGUACGGUCAUUAUCGCAGCAUCUGGUCUCAAAUGUGAGCCAAAUGCGGUCAGAAUGAGCAUAUGUUAUAUUCCCGGGAAUGGUAGGGCGAAUCCUUUUCCUCAGUAGCGAAGUGCAGGAUGCGGACAUUAUGUUUAGGAGACUGAGAGACACAGGUGUAUGGUGGGAGGCACCUGGUGGGCCUGCUUCAAUUGGCCACGGUUAUGGAGCUCGCGCCAAUGGACACAGUUAUGGUGGUGCUUCCGGAAGCUGUGGAGCCGC